AUUUUAUAACACUCCAACUUAUAAUCACAAUUUCAACAGACACAAAAAACUUAUAGUUAUUUGUUUGUCCGACGAAACUAUUUUACAUCAUAAUAAUCCGUGUAUAAAUUAACUGCAAAUGAUUACACUUGUCAGUACACCUGCGUGGUUGAUAGUUGUUUCACAAAAAUGGAUUUCUUCGACGAUGUGUUUUUAAAAUUACAUCCAAAUACAGUGACGACUGUGAGGAAAUUGUACAACCUGGAGAAAAGAGAGGAUAUGGACAGAGCUAUCGAUGCACUGGAGGAUUGGCUGAAGAAGCAAUACCACUUCACCAAAACGGAUUACACUCGAGAUUUCUUGGAGCGAUCAAUAAUAAUGACGAAAGGAUCAGUGGAACGGGCGAAAACUCAAAUAUCCAAUUUGUGUUCAAUGCGGGCUGUAUAUCCCAAGUUUUUUGAAAAAUGUGAUGCCAGAAAUGAUUUCAAUAAUUUGGAUUCUAUUGCACUUUGUGCCUUUUUACCGAAACUCACCGAUGACCACUACAGAGUCUAUGUGGCACAUUGCUACAAUGAAGAUAUCACACCUGACAUUUUCUUGGAGAGCUUCAGAUUUGGUAUUUUGAAAUUUGAAUACAUCAAAGCGCAUGAUUACUGUAAUGGGAUAAUAGGCAUUUUGGAUUACAGAAAAAUGAAUAUCAUGAAACUAAUAGCAGCUCUAGAACUAGUAACAUUGCAGCAAUUCCUUUGCAUUUUAAUGGAAGGCUAUGGCAUAAGGAUAGCAGGAGUACAUAUAGUGUCACCCUCGAAAGCAGUCGAAGCACUCGUUAAAAUAAUAAAGCCUUUAUUCGGACCAAAAGUGUCACAACGAAUCCACGUCCACGCAACAAUAGAGGCUCUAUAUGAUUAUGUACCUAAAAAUAUAUUACCUUCUGAACUUGGAGGGAACGAGGAAUCUAUAGCUGUGUUAAAAGAACAAUGGAAGGAUCUUCUUGGCACUAAAGAAAACGUCAAUUACAUGCAAGAGAUGAGCAAUGCUGUGUCCAACGAAGCGUACAAAAUAAAAGAUAAAUACAACUUGGAUGGUGCUGGAACCUUUAGGUCUUUAAGUGUUGAUUGAUUAUAUUAUUUUUGUAUUGAU